CAACCUUGACAUUUUUAUUUGACUUUUUUUGCUUAUUAUAUUAAACUCUUCCACUAUAAAUACCAACUACCAACGAUAGGUAUUCUCCAUUCAUAUCCUUCAAAGCCAUUUUCGACAACACCCCUUUCUUCUUUCUAUCACUCUCAAUCACGGAUUCUAUAGUUUGAGGUUCAGAUAUAGAUAGCUAAAUCAGUACAGAGAGGUAAAAAAUGGUAACCCUUCAAGCUUCAAGCGUGGUUUAUAUGAAGGUCAGUAGCACUGGCUCAUCCCAAACACGACGCCGUUUGGGAGAAUCCCUUGCUCCAAGAGCCAUUCUUCACCUACCAAAAGUCCAGAACUCGGCCGCGAGUACUACAACUAGUCCCACUAAUCCAUUACUUUCUCUUCCAAAGCUUCCAUACUCUUUGGGUUUUCCUGAUCAUCGUCAUCAGGACAUGGAUAUGAAGAGAUCCAAUCUUAAUUCGUCGGCCGUACAAAUAGAGAAGAUGUAUGCGAUCUUGGAGGCUGUUUCAGACAGAGUGGAAAUGCACAAGAACAUCGGAGCUCAGCGUGACAACUGGAACAAUCUCCUUCUGUCAUCGGUUAAUUCGAUCACUCUCGCAGCUGCAACCAUGGCGGGAGUCUCAGUACUAUCACCCUCCAUAGCCCUGAAGCUCUCUUCCACGAUUCUCUAUUUGGCAGCCACUGGAAUAUUGGUGAUCAUGAACAAGAUCCAACCGUCACAACUCGCUGAAGAACAAAGAAACGCCACUAGAUUAUUCAAGCAACUACAAACUGAGAUCCAGACCAAACUCUCCAUCGGAAACCCUACAGCUUUGGACGUAAACGAAGCCAUGGAGAAAGUUUUGGCGUUAGAUAAAGCAUACCAACUUCCGCUUUUGGGCGCCAUGAUUGAGAAAUUCCCCGAGACUGUAGAGUCUGCUGUUUGGUGGCCGAGAAAAGUAGGACAGCAAAAGCAAACAUCACAAGUUGGAUACAAUAAUAAUGGUUGGAGUAAAAAGUUGGAAGAGGAAAUGAGAGAGGUUUCUAAGGUUAUAGAAAGAAAAGACGUGGCUGAAUACUUGAGGCUUAGUGAAAAGGCCUUGAAACUCAAUAAAAUCCUUGCGAUUUCUGGACCGGUGUUGACUGGUUUAGCAGCUGCAGCGACUGCUGUUUCCGGUGGUAUUGGCAAUACUCAUGGGGUAGGAGCGGCGGCCACGGUGGUUGGAGUGGUGGCGGGAGCUUUGGCGAGCGUUGUGAACACAUUGGAACACGGUGGUCAGGUAGGGAUGGUGUUUGAAAUGUAUAGGAGUAAUGCGGGUUUCUUCAGGCUCAUGGAGGAGACAAUUGAAUCUAACUUGAGAGAAGCAGAUGUGGAUAGAAGAGAGAACGGUGAAGUGUUUCAAACCAAGGUGGCUUUGCAGCUUGGUCGGAGCUUGUCUGAGCUCAAAAAUCUUUCUUCUUCUACUUCCAGAUAUGUUAAUCAUAAUGGCUCAGAUUCUGAAGAGUUUGCAAGCAAGCUUUUCUGAUCAUAUACAUAUAUACAUACCUACAUAAAGUCUAGUCAUGUAAUUAUAAUUAUUCUUUGAUUUGUAUCAACUUGUACAAAUAUAUAUACAACACAAAUAUUUGUUAAUGGAAUUGUGAUUAUUUAGUAU